AUUUCUGAUAGGUACAAACAUAGUGCUCAUUUAGCGGUGCGGAUAUUAUAAUAAUAAGUUUAUCAUGAUUGCACAGGUUGUAUUUGUAUCUGCCCUUUUGGCUCUAUCACAAGCAGGACACCUUGGAGGAGAAUUGGAUGAAGGUCUAGGAGAUCAUGAACAUGCAACUUCCUAUGUAGGAGGUCACAGUGUUGUAGCUGGAGGUCAUAAAACUGUUGAAUAUUGGGCUCCACCCAAAUACGAUUUCAAAUAUGGCGUCGAAGACCUCCACACCGGUGACUGGAAACAACAGGACGAAAAAAGAGACCAUGAUCUAACUCUCAGUAAUUAUGUCGUAGCCGAAAAGGACAGGAAAAUCUCAGUAAACAGGAUAAUAUCAGGAGCCGUACCGAUUCCAAUCAGCAAAGGAUGGUAAUGGAUGGUUGAUGUUUUGUUGAAAACGUUUAACAACAUUCUGAAAGCGUUUCGGUUUGAUCAUUUGUCAAUUUAGGAUCAAUGUGGUUAUUUUUGUUGGGUACUGUUAUUGUUUUUUUGUUGUGUCCAUGGUUUUUGACUUGCUCAAUUCUUGUUAGCUUUUGUACAAUUUUUUUAUGUUAGAUGUUAGUUAAUAAGUAUAUUUAAUA